AUGGUGCAGCAUCGCUUUUGCUCGAGCUUCCGCAGUAAGCUUGAGCUGCAAACGCCAAAACUAUCAGCAAAACCGACCAGGUCAACUCGACUUUUGACCAACUUCAUAAUGCAUCACGAAAUAAUGAAAACUGUGGAGCAUGUAGAGGCGUAUGUGGGCAUAGUGCCAGAGAUGAUCUUGUGCUUUUCUACCUGCUGCUGUGUGUGCAUGUGUGUGAUUGUGUUUGUUUGUGUGUGUGCGUCCGCUUGCCGGAAGUCCAGCAGCCUCGUGUGGCGGGGCGUCAGUUUGACAUGUGCCCUGCCAGACCUGACAACUGCAUACCGGUUCCACUUUUUGCAGACUCACAGCAUCGCGGGCCUACCGACUUCAGCCACCGCUGCUUCUGCUCCCCUUGCGCCUCCCCUGCUGCUUCAACUGUCCACGUCUGGCACACGUCGCCGUGGAAGUUGUCAGGCCAAAGAGCGUGUGGUGCUGGCGUGGGCGAAGCUGUUUGUUGCACUUCACGGACGAGGCCCACUCUGUUUGGCCCACAGGAACGCGAUUUUUCUGCACACUUUUGUCCACCGUAAAUGCGGACAUGUUGUCAUGCUGUGGAGAGGUCGAUUGCGUAAACUGGCUUCUCUUGUUGUCGUUAUGCGGUUGCCGCGCAAUCCCACCCCAGGAACAGAGAACGAAGAAACUGAGAAUCAACAUGUUCUCUUGCGCGGCCUGCCUUGCAUGGACUAG